AUGGGGGAGACAGCAGGUUCUCGAAAGUGGUACCAAAUCCACUGGUUCUCGCCAGACGAUACCAAGGAUGAACGCAAGCUCAUCACCAAACUCGACCUGUUGAUCGUGCCCUAUGUGUUCCUGGCGUAUUGGGUCAAGUACAUCGACCAGGCAAAUAUCAACAAUGCAUACGUCGCCGGCCUCAAGGAAGACUUGGGCUUCAACGGAAACCAACUGGUCCACGUCCAGACCAUCUACGUCGUCGGCGCCGUCGUGGGCCAGAUCCCGUUCAUGUUCCUCUUCACCCGCAUCCCCAUGCACUGGCUGGUUCCUUUGCUCGAUAUCCUGUGGGGGGUCUUCACGUUGCUGCAGUAUCGGGUGAAUAGCUAUGCGGAGCUGAUGGCAUACCGGUUCUUGGUGGGCUGGUUCGAGGCCGCGUAUUUUCCCGCCGUGCAUUACAUCUUCGGCUCGUGGUAUCGUGGUCAUGAGAUUGCCCGUCGAGGCGGCUUCUUCUAUGUUGGCUUGACCCUGGGCACCCUCACGGCGGCUCUCCUGCAGUCCGCAGCCUCAGACCAGCUGGAUGGAGUGGAUGGUCUGGCCGGCUGGCGAUGGAUGUACAUCAUCUGUGCCCUGAUCACCAUUCCCGUCGGUUUCCUGGGCUUUUUCCUCCUCCCCGGGACGCCGGACAUCCCGAACCGGCUGUUCCUCAAGGACCACGACCUGGCUCUCGCAAAGAAGCGUCUCCUGCGCACGGGGCACGCCACGUCGGGGAAAUUCACGUUCGCAACCCUCAAACGCGUCGCCGGCGCCUGGCAGGUGUGGGCGUUCCUGGUGCUCGACAUCUUCUUCUGGAACGGCAGCAUCAACACGUCGUCGGGCGGCUACCUGCUGUGGCUCAAGAGCCUGAAGCGGUACUCGGCGGGCCGGCUGAACCAGCUCGGCGCCAUCUCGCCGGCCCUGGGUAUCUUCUACGUGCUCUUCAUCUGCUUCUCGUCCGACCUGCUCUGGGGCCCCGCCUGGGCUAUCACCGUCGCCCACGUCUGGAACAGCAUCGGCCUGAUCAUCCUUGUGGUGUGGCACGUCCCCGAGUCCGCCCUGUGGUUCGCCUUCAUGACCACCUACUCGGCCGUCGCCAUGUCCAGCGUGCUCUACGGCUGGGUCAACACCCAGCUGCGGUAUUCGCCCGCCGAGCGCGCCUUCACCCUGGUCCUGAUCAACACCAUAUCCCAGUCCACCACGGCGUGGACGCCCCUGCUGGUCUUCAAGACGGUCGAGGCGCCCCGUUUCAUCAAGGGAUAUCCCUUCGUGCUCGGCAACGCGAUAUGCUUGAUCCUGUUUGCGCACUGGAUCUCGUGGUACAUCAAGCGGCGAAGAAAUCCUGCUGAGGACAUCAAGGAAGACUAUCUGCGCGAUAACCUGUCCACGGAGGUUGUGGAAUCGUCUCCGGUCGACAACACGCCUCAAUUGAUCCAAGAGCUGCCCUCUGAGAAGGUGCUGGGAGUUUGA